GAGGCCCUAUCAGUGAGAACCUCAAUCACUCAGCAGCUGGCGUGGGUAGAGAACAGGUCAAGUAUUCCCCAACACACUUGAUGACUUAAAUUAUUCGCAAAAUGGCUGAGCAACAUGACCACCCUACAGUUAAGACCAAGAUACCCAUGGACGUGGCCGGGUACGUGGAGGGUCUGAGGAAGGCCAUGAAGGGGAUGGGCACCGACGAGGCGACCAUCAUCAACCUCCUCACCUCCUGCUCCUCUGACCAGCGACAGGUGGUCCUGCAGCAGUACCAGAGCACCUUCAGCAGGGACCUGGUUAAGGACUUGAAGAAAGAGCUAACUGGACACUUUGAGGACAUAAUCUUAGUUCUGAUGACCAGAAGGAACGAGUACCUGGCUCAACAACUCCAUCACGCCUGCAAGAAGAAGAAUGCCAACACCAUGAUCGAGAUGCUCUGUACAGCUGAGAACUCUACCAUCAAGUCCAUCAAGUCAGCCUACGAGCGUCUAUUUGACAGUAGCCUGGAGGAGGCACUGACAGAGGCCACCACGGAGACCUUCCAGGCAGUGAUGUUGGGGAUGGCGGCAGCAGAGCGCAGUGACACCUACAACGAAGAACUCAGCCACAGCGUUGCCAAAAAACUCUACAACGAUGGUUUAGGGCUGGAGGAGGAGGAACUAGUGAAGGUGCUCUGCAAGUACUCCUUCAGGCAGCUACGUGAGGUGCUCGUCGAGUACUAUAAGCAGGCGGACAGGACUCUCGGUGACACUUUCGACUGUCAGUACACCGGCAACAAUAAAACCUAUUUGAAGGAAGUUUUCCAAUGCCUGGAUAAUCGUUUCGCGUUCUUGGCUGAAGAGCUGCACAAAGCCAUGGCGGGGUCGGGCACCAGGGACCAGGAUCUCAUCAGGCUGGUGGUGACCCGCAGUGAGAUAGACCUCGGCAACAUCAAGACCGAGUACGAAAACAUGUAUAACAAACCCUUGUCGAAGGACAUUAAGGGUGACACAUCAGGGGACUACAAGAAGAUUCUACUUGCCCUCCUCGACGAGUAGUGAAGUGGACACACGACGCUCAUAGGUGGCAGUACCGUACUCACUUGUAAACAGAACCAGCAAACCAAUACAGUUGAUCAUUCCCAGACACAAAUUUCUCUAUUGUUUCACCUGGUUCUUGAUGACAGUGUACCAGCUGCCCUAUUCAAGCCUUGGCAUUAAGCUGAACACCAAAACAGUUUUGAA